AUUGUUUUGAUUUUUGAUAUUCUGACUUUCUGUCACCCGGUUGCCAAGUGCCAACCCGGAACCUUUGAAGAUCUGAUACCUUGAUGCUUAGAUAGGGUCUCUUGUUCUUCAACGUAAUUUAAGUUUUGAGCUGUUUUCACAUUUUAAAGGCCGAAGGUAAUUAAAUAUGGAAGUUGACGAAGAAGAUGUUGAAGCUCCAUCAUCAAGCACCAGUAGUCGUGGAGAAAAGAAACGAUUUGAAGUAAAGAAAUGGAAUGCUGUUGCUUUAUGGGCUUGGGACAUUGUUGUGGACAAUUGUGCCAUUUGUCGUAAUCACAUCAUGGACUUAUGUAUUGAAUGUCAAGCCAAUCAAGCGUCAGCGACUAGUGAAGAAUGUACAGUUGCGUGGGGCGUGUGUAAUCAUGCUUUUCAUUUUCACUGCAUAUCUCGUUGGUUAAAAACUCGCCAAGUAUGUCCUCUAGAUAAUAGAGAGUGGGAAUUCCAGAAGUACGGUCAUUAAUAGAAAUACAUUUUAUGUUUUAACCUACAUUUUUUCAUUCCUUGUAUGGAAAAUAAAUAUUAUUUAAAGUAUUAUUAAAAUUUCCGUAAAAUUAAUAUUUAAAAAAAAAAAUUAGAUUCUCAAUCAAAACAACUACUCAAUUUCAUUUUUUUCAUAUCAAACUAUUUUAUAAGAGAUUACCCUGUAAAAUGGUAAAUUAAUUACAUUAUACAAUAAAAGCGCCUGUCUACUAUGAAAAUAACUGAUUAA